GGCGAGAACAAAUAUUACUUGCAGUAAGCUUUUUUUAAUCCUAUAAAACGACAUAAAAAAAGUAAGCACGAAUCUUUUUAACUUCAUAGCGUAAUUUCUUUCCUUAUUAAAAAAUGAAUUGCAUCAAUACAUUUUUCACCUACACAUCUAUUAGCAAAACUGUACAGAUUGUCAAGCAAAUCCUCACCAACAGUAGACCAGCCAAUAUUUGUAAGAAUUCACAGAAGAGCGAUUUAGUGCUUAUCGGUGCUGCUAUGUUCAUCACUUUCUAUAGCCUUUCCGAUUACUUCAGAGUAAAAACUUCAAGGUUAAAUUUACCUCCUACUGCCGCUUACAGCCUUCCUUUCUUUGGCCAUAAUUUGUACCUGAUGUUCAUGCCUUCCAAGUUUCUUGAUUGGUGUAACAACGAAUAUGGAGAAAUUUAUAAUCUCAUCCUUCAAGGCAAGAUGAUGACCAUAACAAGUGGAAAAUUAGGGGAGGAAACCUUGAAGGCUGAUUCUGACGAUUUAUCAAUAGAUCAAGGAAUUGUAAGGGAUGUUCUCCACCUCGAUUAUGUAUUUGAUUUAAAUAUUCUUGAUAUCAGCUUAACGGCAAAUCCUGCUGUAGCUAAAAUGCUGAUUCCCAAUUACAGAAUGCCCUUAUAUGUUUCCGGUAUUCAAUACGGUUUAAAAAAUGCUUGCCAUACUUUGUUGCAAGAAAAAUUAACCAUUGUACACAAUCCCAGUCAUUUUUUUCAAAAAUUCAUUGCUUAUGCCAGUAUCCCCAGUUUGGUUGGUGAUGAAUUUGCCUUAAAUGUUGAAGUUGUAGAAUCUUUUGCUAAUUUUACUGGAGAUAUUAUUAAGAACGUUCCUUUAUUCAUGGUUGUUCCAAAAUUUUUGCACAAAUCUAUCCUACCGUACGUGCAAUCUUCUAAGUACCACGAGAGAGUCAUGCUAAAACAUGUAGCACCUAUUAUCCAUAAACGUCGGGAGGAAAUGAGACGGGCUAAGCAAAUUGGUAAAGAGCAUGGUCUUACUGCAAACUUUUUACAAGGCCUUAUCGAAUACGAGACAAUAGACCAGAAUGGUAUCAAGACUCAAUUGUCUCCUGAACAACUUUCCAAAAGUGUUUUGCUUGUAGCGUUUGCAUCAGUCCAUACAACCUCCAUGAACUUGGGGUUUUGUAUUUAUUGGUUAAUUGCUCGCCCUGAUCUUUUGGCUAGAUUUAUUGAAGAGAUUGAGCGCAUCCUCCCCGGAGAUACUCCUGUUUCCAAUACUGCUUUGACUAAAAUGAAAUUCUUAAACAACUUUACCCGUGAAGUGCUUCGUCAAGGUAGUGAUAAAUUAGCCAACGGCAAAAAAGUUAUGCGUGAUUUUACCUUCUCCAAUGGAUACCAAGUCCCAAAAAAUGGUUAUGUUGCAUCUACUUUUCGCCAAAUGAACUUUGGUAGCAAUAGCACUAGAGAAUCAGUCGAUGAAAUGGAUCCCGAUAUGUCUCUUAAUAAGACAAGCACUACACCUGCAAGAGAUUUUGUCUCAUUUGGUGCUGGAAAGCAUUUAUGUCCAGGCCGAUUUUUCGCAGUUCAAGAAAUCCAAAUGGCCCUGGUACACCUCUUUAAGAAUUACGAUGUUAAGACAGUGAGUGGAAAGCGUCCCCAGCCUGUUUGCUAUGUUGCUGGGUAUAUGGUAACAAACUGCGAAGAUCCUUUAGUUUUCACACUGAAGAAGUAA